ACUUAACCGUGUGAAUAUAAAUACACGCGCACACACAUAUUCUCUCAAUUCAUUAUUUUCCGCUUCAGUGUUUCAAGUUUCUAGAGAGAGAAAGUAGUGCUCGCACACCAGUCUCCAACUCUCUCUCUCUAACUCUACAGUUAUCUAAAAGAUGGCCGAUGCCGAGGAUAUCCAGCCCCUUGUUUGUGACAAUGGAACUGGAAUGGUGAAGGCUGGUUUUGCUGGUGAUGAUGCUCCCAGAGCAGUGUUUCCUAGUAUUGUUGGCAGACCCAGACACACUGGUGUUAUGGUUGGGAUGGGACAGAAGGAUGCAUAUGUUGGUGAUGAGGCCCAAUCAAAGAGAGGUAUUCUUACUUUGAAGUAUCCAAUUGAGCACGGUAUUGUUAGCAAUUGGGAUGACAUGGAGAAGAUUUGGCAUCAUACCUUCUACAAUGAGUUGCGUGUUGCCCCUGAGGAGCACCCUGUACUUCUUACUGAGGCACCACUUAACCCCAAGGCCAACAGAGAGAAGAUGACUCAGAUCAUGUUCGAAACAUUCAAUGUCCCUGCCAUGUAUGUUGCAAUUCAGGCUGUUCUCUCACUAUAUGCCAGUGGCCGUACAACCGGUAUUGUGUUGGACUCUGGUGAUGGUGUGAGUCACACUGUCCCCAUCUACGAAGGAUAUGCCCUUCCCCAUGCCAUACUCCGUCUUGACCUUGCUGGUCGUGAUCUGACUGAUGCACUUAUGAAGAUCUUGACAGAAAGAGGUUACAUGUUCACCACCACUGCUGAGCGGGAAAUUGUCCGUGACAUGAAGGAGAAGCUUGCAUAUGUGGCCCUUGAUUUUGAGCAAGAGUCUGAAACAGCAAAGAGCAGCUCUUCUGUGGAGAAGAACUAUGAAUUGCCUGAUGGACAAGUUAUCACCAUUGGAGCAGAGAGAUUCCGUUGCCCAGAAGUCCUUUUCCAGCCAUCUUUGAUUGGAAUGGAAGCUGCUGGAAUUCAUGAGACAACUUACAACUCUAUCAUGAAGUGUGAUGUUGAUAUUAGGAAGGAUCUCUAUGGAAACAUUGUACUCAGUGGUGGUUCAACUAUGUUUCCUGGUAUUGCUGAUCGUAUGAGCAAGGAGAUUACUGCUCUUGCUCCAAGCAGCAUGAAGAUCAAAGUGGUUGCACCUCCAGAGAGAAAAUACAGUGUCUGGAUUGGAGGAUCCAUCCUUGCAUCUCUCAGCACCUUCCAACAGAUGUGGAUUUCCAAGGGUGAAUAUGAUGAAUCCGGUCCUUCUAUUGUGCACAGGAAGUGCUUCUAAGUUUCUAUAUUAUUGUUUUGAUGAUGAUGAUGGCGAGUAUCUUUUUUCCAUUUUAGUUGGUUUUUCGUGUUAUGUUUCAUGUGAACUCAGUUGGCUACUUGGAUGUGGCUGUUGAGGGGGACCUUGGUAAAUUGAUGACUAGAGACAUAAUACUAUUUUGAUUCGAUGGAUCAGCUCUUCAGUCGGGAAAUGCUUUUGUAGAAUUCCGAAAAUGCUUGAUAGUGCCCUCUUUAGUUUCUCAAUGUCACAAUCGUCCCUUGUUAGUAGGAUGCUUGUAGUUGAAAGAGUGAUUCUUGAUGAUGUUUCUUUUUUAUUUAUUUUUCCCUACCCUUUGCUAUUACAUUCUUCUACUUUUAUUUGCAAGUUUCUUUUUUCUUGGAACAAUUAUGUUAAUAUUUAUUUUAUGAGAAAUUUAUGAUAAUGUCAAUUUGCAGUCA